AUGCCUAAUAUUGUGAGCGGCAACACAAAUGCGCCUGUUAUCAUAAUCGCCGAGAAGGCCGCUGACAUGAUUCUGGGUAAGCCUGCGUUGCCAAAGGCGAAUGUGCCAGUGUAUCAAGCGAAAAACUGGCAAGCCAGCCAGCGAUAA